GCGCUAUCGUUCUCAGUGGUACGUUGCACGCACGAGGAAUCGAACCAGAGGGAACCAUAGUUCUUAAUUUAAACGAGUCUUUCGAACGCUAUCUGAAAUCGGUUAAAAUUAAAUGUUAAAUCCAUCGAGCGUAUUGUAUCUGAAAAAUUCCAUUUUCUCGGCGAAUUUAAAUCGCGUGAAAACGAAAGUGUCGGGUGAUUGGCCGUUAAUUGUGAACGUUAUUAGGACGAUAAGAUCUUAAUUGUACUAUUGUAAGAAAUUUUAUUCGAAGGCGUUUCGAAAGGCCUGCACCUCUAAACAGAGAAAAUACUCGCUGUUAGUCAUUGACCCAAGAGAAACCAUGACUGGAAAACACCAUCUUAAGGGAACCAGACACAUUGUGUUCCCUGUACGGUACCUGAUGGCGAUCAUGGGCUCCAUAGGGCUAGCCAUCAUUUACGGGUUCAAGGUGAACGUAAGUGUGGCUAUCGUAGCUAUGGUGAACCAUACUGCUGUAAAAUUAUCCUCAUUGCAUCAAUUGGAAUAUGAGAAUACCACCACGGACGAGUGUAGAGUCGACGGUGUUACCCCCAAUGCAACAAAAUCUAUUACCGAGGAUGGCCCAUUUGUGUGGAAUGAACCUUUACAAGGUCUUAUUUUAUCAGCAUACUUUUGGGGAUAUAUGGCAUCCUUACUUCCGGGCGGGAGAAUGGCUGAACUCUUAUCUGCCAAAUGGGUGAUGAACGGAUCGGUACUUCUGAACCUCGUCGCGUCUAUAUUAUCACCUGUUGCUGCCCAAAUGCAUUAUUCUGCCUUUAUUGUGAUGAGAAUCAUACAAGGAAUCGGUGGUGGUGUAACGUUCCCUGCGAUGCAUGUUAUGGUCGCUAAAUGGGCUCCACCAAAUGAGAGGAGCGUUCUUGCUUCCAUCAUUUACGCAGGAACUGCUCUUGGCACUGUGAUUUCUAUACUCUUAACGGGAAUAUUAGCUGCGAAUCUUGAAUGGAUGUGGAUAUUCUAUAUAGAAGGUGCACUUUGUCUGAUUUGGUGUACAGCUUGGUGGAUUAUGAUUGAAGAUAGUCCAGAAGAGCAAACGAGAUUUAUUAGUCAAGAAGAAAAGGAUUAUAUUGUGCACUCUUUAGGUCACGAUAACAGUAGUAAUGCCCAUAAACAGAGAUUAACGGUCCCAUGGGGCGAAGUGUUACGAUCUAAACCAUUUAUGGCAAUAUUAAUCGCUCAUUUCUGUAGUAAUUUUGGGUGGUACAUGUUGCUUAUUGAGCUACCUACGUUCAUGAAUCAAAUAUUGAAAUUCGACAUGAGUUCUAAUGCUACUCUUUCUUCUAUGCCGUUUUUAUGUAUGUGGAUUUUUACUAUGGUUCUUAGCAAGAUAUUAGCCAUUAUGCAAGAUAAAAAUUUAAUCACGGUAACGAUAUCGAGAAAAAUUGGAACAUUAUUUUCAUCUGUUGUUCCCAUGAUUUGUUUAAUAGGAGUGUCAUACGUUGGGUGUAAUCGAACAUUAGCUGUUACAUUAAUGACUAUUGGAGUAACUUGUAUUGGUGGUAUGUAUAGUGGGUUUUUAUCAAACCACAUAGAUAUUGCUCCAAAUUUUGCUGGUACUCUUGUUGCCAUUACAAAUUGUGCUGCUACUGUACCUGGAUUCGUAGUGCCAAUAUUUGUGGGAAAAUUGACGCACGGAAAUCAAACUAUAGGAGCAUGGAGAAUUAUAUUUUUUGCAACUGUUGUCUUGUACAUAAUCGAGAUAUUAGUUUAUACUAUAUUUGGAAGCGGAGAAGAACAGCCUUGGAACAAAGCUAUACCAACUGAUGAAGAAGCAACUGAUCAAACACUACCAUUAAAAGAUAAUUCUAGAAAAUGA